GUACAGCGUGGAGACAGGCCAGGUCGGCGGAUAAUCGAAAGGACUCAGUCGUGGAUGAGCCGCGGGAUGAACGUGUCGGGUGGUUGAAGUUCGAACGAACUUCGGUUUGCGGCGCGGAGCUUCGCGAUCUAGCAAAAGUAUUAUAGAAAUUUCCAGGACUCGCGAUCGUAGUGCGGCUCGUUCGACGAGGACGGCAGAAAGUUCGGAAACUGCACGCGUUGCGCAUGAUUAGUGAUAUUGCAACCUGUUAGCGCCAUCGGAUCGGUCGCGGAAUUCGGGAAAUUGGUGUGGACGAUCGAGGGAGGAAACGUUGCGAACGAGUCGGUGAUGUUCGAAGUGUCGAUUUUGUAAGGGGAACUAUCGGAUUACGGUUCCAGAUGGCUGAAAACAUGAUGAAAAUAACUUUGGCGCGGCAUUUUCCGUUGUAAUGAACCAGAGUCGAGCGUCGAACGGCGGCGGAAAAUUGGAAGAAGGCGGCGCGCCGCUGCGCGAGAUAAUGAUUAAAUUAAAUAUUACUAUAAUUAUAUAAUGAAAUGUUAAAAAUAUUAUUAUAGUUGUUUAAUGAAAUCUUAAAUGUACAGUUCUCGGAGAUAAAUGGUUAAGGAGAUCGAGAGGAACGUUCGAGCAGCGGCGGAUGGCCGGAAGUAGAGCGAUCACGAAUUCCGAGGCCGAGAGACGCUCGCGAGGACGCCGAUCUUUUCGACGGAUAACAAGAACUGACGCGUGUAUAUUUAUCGAAAUCAGCGGUACUCGCUCGAGAACGAGCCGGAUCUUCUAAAGUUAUCCCGACGAGUGUCAUCGGAGCGAAACGAUCCGUCGUUGAGCGCGUUAAAACUUGCGACAGAGAGCUCUGUGCCGUUCGACGCGUUAACGCGACCAGGGAUCGACGAAAUUGGAUCGUCGUUUUAAGAACUGGAUCGGUAUUGCCAUCGGCUAUUUGUCCGAGAGUUCGAGGAUGCGAUCGGAACGGACGUGGUUUCCCGCGGACUGACACGGAAUCCGGCGGUGCAGGCUCGGGGAUUUGUAAGAAGCUGAUGCCGCCUUGGCGAUCUUCUAUUAAUAUGUCCCCCGGAAGAACAAUUCCUAUUCGCCGGCUGGAACAGAAGAUUUUUCGUGGUGGCGUUCCGGUUGAUGCGAUCUAUUUUCGAGAUCCCGCAUCGAUCCCGCGGCUUCCUCGGGCCGGCCAGGCUGUUUAGCAACACUUAACGAGCCGUGUUUCGUCGUUCGUCCACUUCUCGUCCGCUUCUCGGCCGCUUCUCGUCCCGUUUUCCGCCCGGGUUCCGACGGUGGCAGGUGCCAUCGCCGAGAGUCCUAGAUAGACCGUCGACCCAUAAUCGUUGGAUCGACGCCCCGAGCAGCUUGAAACCGGCCUGAUCACCGGCGUGGGCGUAUCCGAGGAUCUCUCACGAAUAAAGCACCGAGGAUGAGGUUCGUCGGACAAGAUACGGGCGAUCGUUGCGACCAUAAGUCGACCAAGAAAUCCGUGUCGAAUCGCGUCGGUUAGAGACCACGAGCUUCGUAGCCGUCGAGGAUAGAGCGAAAGAGAGGGUGCCGAGUGCAACGAAUUCCGUGGUCGGAAGUUAAAGCCCGGCUCCGAGUCGUUCACCCCCCCGUUAACGAGCAUCCAGCGGAGCCGGGUAAGAUGAUCUCGGGAGGUCUGAACGUGUCCUGGGAUCUCGAGGGGCCGAUACGGUCGUCCGUGCAACACGAUCCAACGGGGGAGAGCCCGUUCAUCCCCGAGACGGUGCUCGAGAACCGUACGACCAGCAUGAUCGUCGCGUUCCUGCAACAGGAGGACUCGUCGACGAGACGGGACCCGCUCUACAUCGUGCUGCCGAUCACGGUGAUCUACGCGGUGAUCUUCUUCACCGGGCUGAUCGGCAACGUGUCGACGUGCGUGGUGAUCGCCCGCAACAAAUCCAUGCACACCGCCACCAAUUACUACCUGUUCAGCCUGGCCGUCUCUGAUUUACUGCUGCUGCUGUCCGGGCUGCCCCAGGAAAUGUACUACAUAUGGUCCCGUUUCCCGUACGUGUUCGGCGAGGCGUUCUGCAUUAUUCAGGGAUUCGCCGCGGAGACGUCCGCGAACGCCACCGUGCUGACUAUCACCGCGUUCACCGUCGAAAGGUACGUCGCGAUCUGUCAUCCCAUCAUCUCCCACACAAUGUCCAAAUUGUCCCGGGCGAUCAAAUUUGUCAUCGUGAUUUGGGUGCUGGCGCUCUGCCUGGCCGUGCCGCAAGCGAUCCAGUUCGGUAUUGUUUACGAGCACAUGAACGGAUCGGUCAUCUUGGACAGCGCCAGAUGCUCGGUGAAGUGGGUUCUGAUAGAGCACGCCUUCCAGAUAUCGACCAUGCUAUUUUUCGUCGUGCCUAUGACAAUGAUCACGAUUUUAUACAUCUUGAUCGGCAUCCAACUCAGAAGAUCGAGACUGCUGACCACCGGCCCCGUUAAAAAGACAUCCCAUCCGUCGACGGGACUGACGCACUGUGACAGCGGCAGGGGAAAGAGCGCCGCGCAAAGAAACGUGAUUCAUAUGUUGGCAGUGGUUGUGGCAUUCUUCAUAUGCUGGGCACCGUUCCACGCUCAAAGACUCUUGGCCGUGUACGGUUCGCAAAUCAACAAGGAGGAACCGGAGGAUGCGUUGGUGAUCGUUUACUCCAUCCUCACGUACGUCUCCGGGAUAUUUUAUUAUCUCUCCACCACGGUAAAUCCAGUUCUGUACAACAUCAUGUCCAAAAAAUUCCGGGAAGCUUUCAAGUCGAUGCUGUCUAAUCAUUGCGGCCGGAAGUCGGUCCCCACGCAGACAACAUACAGUAGCCUCUCAAGGUAUCCGAGGUCUAUUAUCAGGCAGGCGGAUGAUCGUCAGAAUUCACAGUCAAUAUCCGUCAGUGACGACAACCACAAGGUGACGAACAGCGGAUGGUCAACAAUCUACACCGAGCUGUCGGUAACGAAGCAGCAGGAGAAUCAAUCGGUUCUUUGAUGACCAACCAUCAGCGAGUGCUUCAACGGGGCUAAUAACAUCGUCGCCGUAGCCGAUGAGUGCUUACUGAACACUUUCAAGGGCUGCAAAUUUCGGCCAGUUCCAGACCCGUCCAUGGCCCAUGCAUCAAGACCGCGAACACAAUCAGCAAUUCAAGUUUGGAAAAUCUCGAAGAGAACGAUACGAACAGCGCAGAAUUGACGGAGCACAUGGACGAACCAAAUUGUUACUCCGAAUCAGCCGACGCUUGUUUUCGGCGAGUAACUUCUAAGGGGUGCUUCCCAAUGGAUCGUAUUAACAAGCCUCAUUAGGCCAAAACAAAUGUUUCAUUUUAUAGUCAAAUCGGUUUAAAAUAAUGUCGGUAUUAAUAGCUUUUGAACAAAUGAGUUCGCUUUUGUCGUGAAACUGUUACAAUUUAAGAUUAACAUCGUAAUGGCUAGGACUUAAGAAGAUGAACAAAAUGGCGCGGUCGACUGCUAUACAACGUGUACCAAUUUGUUGAGAAUUUACCAUUCUCGACUGUGUCGUUGGCAGACUGCCAAUUUCAUGAAUUCGUGAGAAAAGAAUUUGAUAAUAUUUUAUUGUAUCGCCGUCGGUUCAUUGAGACGAUUAAGAAUAGACGUAAAUGUUUAUGUGCUUCCCGCAUCUCGCAAUUAACGUAGACGUCUUUUAUUUCGCACGAAAAUCCGUGGUCUAGUCGUAAGCGACACGAUUCUGUGGAUAAUUUGCCCUUUUCUAUCGAUUCAUUAAAUCGAAUUCGAUCUAAUCCAAUUUAACUGAAUUUAAUCUAGUUUGCGUCGAUCAGAAAAAUGGAUAUAAAGUGAAAAGUUAAUGAUAAAGGCUCGAUCCGUUCAGGUCGUAGAUUUCACAGUCCAUCGACGAUGAAUCUAUUUAUAUUACACGAGGUGUUUCUUAACCCUUAGCGGACGACGACUUUUUCGGCAGAGUCAGGUAGCAGGACGAGAUGAUUUUUGCAAAUGUGUCGAGUGUCUUAUAUGGUACAAUAAAGUGAUCUUACAUAUGAAUUAUCUUACCAAAA